GAUAUUGCUCAUUGCCUUAAUUUCUUUUCCGCCACAUAUACAGUGAGUAGGUACUUGGGUACUUCGUAUGCAAGCCUUGGAGCUUUUCUUCUAAACAUCCAAUCAUCUGUUUUACAUGCCGAAUCAGUGAAUCCCUUGCUCAUCGUAUGGUACUUUCCCUACGGAAAUUAUCCAGUUAAUCCCUUUUAGAUGCGAAACGUAUCAAAUAAACUCAUUCAUAGAAUCGUGCCUGCCUACCCCUCUACAUAAACAAGACCCUCUUCCUUUCACCUCGCACAUUUUAGAUUCAUACACAACAUUAAUUCCAUACCAAUUUUCCUCUUAAUUCAUAUUCUCCUAAGGAAUUAUUUUUGCAUACACUACACUAUAUUCAUUCUUUUAUCCAUCUUUGUUGCUUAAUCUCUAAUAAGAAUAUUAAUCAACAAGAUGGGCAUCUCAAUUGUCAAGCCCGCGGGCGUUCCAGGUAGAUCAUGGCCAGCAAUCGUCAUCGGUUGUUUCGUUGCAUUUGGUGGUCUCCUUUUUGGUUAUGAUACAGGUACUAUUGGUGGUAUUCUGGCCAUGGACUAUUGGCGCAAAGAAUUCUCUACUGGUUACGUCAAUCCGAAUGAUAAAAUUCUCGAUGUUUCCCCAUCCCAAUCUGCAGCCGUCGUCUCCAUUCUAUCCGCUGGCACUUUCUUCGGUGCACUCACUGCAGCUCCUCUUGCGGACUUGUUUGGUCGACGUCUUGCUCUGCUGUUAUCUGCUGGUAUUGUCUUCAAUUUUGGUGUUGUCUUACAAACUGCUUCUACUGCGUUGCCAAUGUUCAUUGCCGGUCGUUUCUUUGCUGGUUUUGGAGUUGGUCUCAUCUCUGCUUUGAUUCCACUUUAUCAAUCCGAGACGGCGCCUAAAUGGAUUCGCGGUGUCAUUGUUGGAUGUUACCAGUUAGCUAUUACAAUUGGUCUUCUCCUUGCAGCUGUUGUUGAUAACGCUACACAACACCGAAAUGAUACUGGAUCAUACAGGAUUCCCAUUGCAGUUCAAUUCCUUUGGGCUAUUAUCUUAGUCAUCGGAUUAUUGUUUUUGCCUGAAACCCCUCGCUACUUGAUCAAGUGCGGAAAUCAUCCAAAGGCCGCUCAAUCGCUCGCUAAGCUUCGCCGCCUGCCCCAUGAUGAUCCAUACAUUAUUGAAGAAUUAGCUGAGAUUCAAGCAAAUCAUGACUAUGAACUCAGACUCGGCAAAUCUUCUUCUUAUCUUGAUUGUUUCAGAGGUGGUAUGGCUAAGAGACUUGCAACCGGAUGUCUUCUCCAAGCUUUGCAACAACUUACCGGUGUUAAUUUCAUCUUUUACUACGGUACUCAAUACUUCAAGAACUCUGGAAUCAGCAAUGCCUUUGUCAUUCAGAUGAUUACCAGUGCCGUCAACGUUUCAUCUACUCUUCCCGGUUUAUACGGCAUUGAAAAAUUUGGUCGUCGUCCACUUCUCUUAUGGGGUGCCGUAGGAAUGUGUAUCAGUCAACUUCUCGUUGCCGUCCUGGGUACCGUCACCACUGGACAAAAUCCGGAUGGAUCCGUAUUCGCCAAAAACCUUGCUGGACAAAAAGCUUCCAUCGCUUUCAUCUGCAUCUACAUUUUCUUCUUUGCAUCCACCUGGGGCCCUCUCGCAUGGGUUGUCUGCGGAGAGAUAUUCCCUCUCAAAGUCCGCGCUAAGGCUCUCUCCAUGUCGGUCGCCACCAACUGGCUCCUCAACUGGGCAAUUGCAUAUUCCACCCCCUAUCUCGUCAACUACGGCGAAGGAAACGCUAAUCUCCAAUCCAAAAUUUUCUUCAUCUGGUUCGCGUGCUGCUUUGUAUGCAUCGCCUUUGUGUACUUUAUGAUUUAUGAAACCAAGGGUUUGACACUCGAGCAAAUCGAUGAAUUGUAUGAGAGCAAGACCAGCGCUAAGAAUUCCGUGCACUGGAAACCCAGCAAACAUUUUGUCGAUUUGGUCGAUGGUCAUGAGAAUGGAGGGGUUUUGGUGGAUGAGAAGACGGAUGAGAAGACUUCUGCGUCGCAUAGUGCUCAUUCUCCUGCUCGGCAUGCGGAAUCGGGUCAUGAUAAUGCGGUUGCGUCGGGUCAUGAGUAGAUCUGAGUCUUUCGUUCAUCGGCUCUUUUCAUUAUCGAAAUUCCAUCUGUGGUUCUGGUGAGUCGCGUGGAUUUGUUACUUGUGGAUAUGGAAUGGAAUUGAAUUGCAUCGUAUCGUAUCGUAUCGCAUUGUGUCAUAUCGUAUCAUCAUGAUGCUUUCGCCUUUGCUUUUACUUUCGCUUUCAUCUCUGUCUGUUUCAAACUUGCGGAUGUCUACCUACCUAGUUAGUUUGUGGAUUAUGGAUUAUGGAUUAUUCGAGCCAGUAUCAACUCAGCAUGUAUACAAACCCAUUCAUUCAUUCAUUCAUUCUCUCUCUUUUUUUUCUUUUCUCGACACAGAUGUUGAUGUUUGUUGUUAAUGGUUACUGUUGCGGGGGGAGGGAGGUGUCGGAUGGAAAGGAGUUUACCUAUAUUCAAGGGUUGGCUUUAGCUUGGUUCUGUCGAAACUGAAUGAAUGAAUGAAUGAAUGGAUGGAUGGAUGGAUGAGAUAAUUGAAAUGCAUACCUACAUAGCUAGCUUGCUUGCAUGUUUUUAGUCUUUAAUACUACGCUCCUAAUAAUUACCUACAUGACUACAUAACCACCUACUUGCUUCCUCACUUACUGGAUAGUAUAUGCGUUGCUUUGUCUAAGUUACUUGUUCAAUUGUUGAUUUGCUGCUUUGUUUCGUGGUUUAUUACUUGUUGAUUUAAUCUGAUUUAAUCUGAUGAAGUUUAUUAAGAUAUACUAAUACUACUACUAAACUAUGCUAUGCUAUGCUAUGUUAUGCUAUACUAUACUAUUAAUAUAUCAGCCAAGACA